AAGUUCGUUGAAGAGAGUAAAAUUGUCGAAGAUUUGGGUUGGGUUGGGGGGGAGGGGGAGGGGGCGAAAGCGAUCGAUCGAACCUUUCGGCGGCGCUGUUCGAGCAGGCGGUUUAGGCUGACGACGCCUCGCUAAAUUCGUCGCUUUGAUCGUCAGGGUCGCAACGGUAAAGGGUCAAUUUUCGUCUGGGCGUCAGGGAACGGUGGCAGGGAUCACGACAACUGCAACUGCGACGGUUACACGAACAGUAUCUGGACGUUGUCCAUCAGCAGCGCGACGGAGAACGGCCAGGUGCCUUGGUACAGCGAGGCCUGUUCCUCCACCCUCGCCACCACCUACAGUUCCGGUUCGUCGGGUGAGAAGCAAGUGGUCACCACUGACCUGCAUCACCUUUGCACGAGCAGCCACACGGGCACGUCGGCAUCGGCGCCGUUGGCCGCUGGCAUCUGCGCCCUUGCCCUCGAGGCGAACAAGGAGCUGACCUGGAGGGACAUGCAGCACAUCGUCGUGAGGACAGCGAAGCCUGCCAACCUCAAGGCCAUGGAUUGGGUAACGAACGGCGUUGGAAGGAACGUGAGUCACAGUUUCGGCUACGGGCUGAUGGACGCCGCUGCUAUGGUACGGCUGGCCAGAAGAUGGCGGACGGUGCCUGAACAGCACAAAUGCGAGGUCUCGGCGCCACACAUGGGCAGGCAAAGGUUUCGCUGAUGGCCUCGAGACGAGGAGAUCUCCAGAUACAGCUAACAUCACCGCAAGGCACAAAGAGCACACUCCUCGCGAAAAGGCCUCACGACAUCUCGAAGGCUGGUUUCAAUCAAUGGCCAUUUAUGUCGGUUCACACUUGGGGAGAAAGGCCGCACGGCACGUGGAAACUUGAAAUCCACAAUGAGGGUCGAUACCAAGGUAAGUCCAUUGUAUCCGUCUUUUUGUUCCUUCCUUUCAUCGCACCACCGGCAUUUCCAGAUACACCGAGUCGUGCGACGCUUCACGAAUGGGCGUUGAUCUUCUACGGAACGUCAACGCUGCCCGAUCGCACGGAGUACGCGUUGUACAACCCAGCCGGGAUGAACAUACCGAGAAGGCCGUUCGUGAAGCCGCGGGAAACCGUGUUCUCGAAGGCGCAGAACUUCCUCACCAGCUCGAAGAUCAAGCAAAGUCAACACAAGCCGGAGAAACCCGGCAGCCUGAGCCCGCCGUACGUGGUCAACGCUCAGAUACAGUCGCAGAGGAAGAGCAAAGCGCGCGGUCAGCACAAAAACAGCAAAUCAGCCAAUAAACUCACGCCGAGACCCACCGUGCAAACGUUGAGGGGCUUGACCGUGGCCAGGGGGCCGUCGAACGUCGCCGGUGAAGUUCGCCUGAUCACGUCGAGGCCCAGAGGAAGGAGCACACCCAGCCCCAUCACCACCACCACCACCACCACCACAGUGACGGUCACCCAGACCACCACCCCAUCUACCACCACAACCGUUUCCAUCACCAAAGUCACCAACAGACAGAGAGUCGUCGACACAGCGACUCAAGCCUCGCCGCUUCAGAGAGGCCUGAUCCUCUUGGAGCCACCGGCGAAACCUGCCAUCGACAACGUGCCGGCCAUCUUCCAGCAGUAUCCUAAAAUCCAACAGCUCUAUCCGCUCUAUCCCGUCUACGCUGGUGUCAGAGGGGCCGGCCAGCAGCACGCGACCAGAGCCAAGGGCCUGGAAUUGCUCCAGGACGAGCAGUUCGAUUCCAAGAACCUGGACAAGGAUACCCUCGAGGAGUUCAAGCUAGUGUUCUACGGGACGGAGACGUCGCUGGAGCUGGACGACGACGACCUGGACAAGGACAAGCCGCUGCCGCCUGUGAACCAGCAGGACGCGAGCGUGGACAACACGGCGAUCGGCGCGAGGCACAACGUGGUGGAGGGCGACCCGUGGACAGGUAGCCAGCAGGUAGAGUGCGUGUCCCAUCAGGAAGUGCAAAAACCGACAACCGAGAACCAGACGAGCGGUUGCAGUAGCGUGGAUCCUGGAAGUGGCGGGUGCCUAGGUGGGUGCCUCAUUCUACUCGUUCUAACCUACCUGCUCGGCGGAGCGAGCUGGGGGGGCCUGGCAACCAGCUGGCAGAAUGUUUCGUUGUGUGUUCGAAACGAGAGUGACCUCGAGGUGGACGACAGCACCUCGGGCUCAUCCUCAACGACAGCGUCGCCGCGCGUGAGAAUGGCCACUGCGGGCGCGAGCUUAGCGUCCGCUAGGUCGUCAGGGUCCCCGUGGUGCACA